AUGGUACACGCUGUAAAACCGAAUAAAAAUUCAAAGGACCUUGAAAAAGAGCUCUCGAGCAUAUCGUCGUCAACUAUACAUUAUGAAAAUUCUAACGGCUUUGUCCCUAUGGUGCGAUCCGUCUCGCCAUCCGUCUCGUACGAACUCGAUUCGUCACAGACCAGUGAUUACGAGAAGCAGAGAUCUGAAGAAAGCAACGCGACGAAUGCCGUAAGUGCUGAAGACAGUUCGAGGGUGAAAAAAUUGGAAGAAGACUUAGCGUACUCCUCGGAAGCGAGGAUUUUCUUGAGUCUACCUGGAUCACUGACAAAUCGCAGGUCUUUCGAUUUCCAGGACGAUAGGCUGAAUGAGUUCGAGCUGUUGAAGGUGAACAACGACACCCCCGCGGUGGCUAAUUACCAGGAUUUUUACGAGAACAUGCACAGCACAAUGAACACCGAGACCGACAGCGAGUCCGGUAAAUCUUCGAGGCAUUCGAACAACGAGAGAGGGAAGAGACUUGAGAACCACACCCGUAAUUACGGUUGGCAGUCGCAACAAAACAAUGACGCGGAUAUCUAUGCUCAAUUCUAUUCGUACAACAACGCCCAUGAUACAAAGAAGACUCUUUACGGGCAGGAGAAAGUCGUUGGUAAUUAUCAACAGCAGAAUACUGUAAACUACAAUGGGCUGAGCGCGACCAAGAAUGCAGUAGCGACCCCGUCCUCAUCAAGGACGAAUUACGAGGCUAACGAACUCGCGCAUAGCGGAACUUAUGGCGAUGCUGCGGAAUCGUCGAGGACACGCCAUAGAUUCAUGAAACCGGUCGUAGUCGCCGAACCGAGUAACCAUAAAAUGGAGAUAAAGUUCAGCAGCCAGCUGAAAGACAGCGAGUCUGAUAAUGAUGACAAAACUUUGAAAAACUCAGAAUUUUCUAAUUCAGAGACUUAUGACACUUAUAACAAUAACAACAGGCAGCGUAGUUAUCAACGCACGGAAGACUCCGGAGAAGUCUCAGAUGAGAACACAGAUUACUCCGAUUAUGUCGACCGGCUAAGACUGAGAGCACAAAAAAAUCGGAAACGUCCUGAUUCCGUCAGAAAACAGCUCUCCAAAGAACAUCGAGGUACGUUGAACGAGAGCGCAGACGAGGGUAAGUACAUGUAUAACUCUGCAAAAUUAAAAUCGCAGCGGCACAGAACGAAAGCGAAUCCAUGGCUCAAUGAUCCCAGUGCGAAUCACCACGACGAGAGUGUCGAAGACAUUCGACACGACUCUAGAGUCACCAGCACGAAAACAAAGAAAGUUCAUGGAUCGAGGAAUACCAAUACAUGGAGUCAGAUAACUCCAAAUCUUGAAAUCUCUCAUUCCAACGGGAUUGAGUUGAAUCAGUUGGAGAAGCCGAAGUACAUUGUUAAUUUCGUGCCCGUAGGAAACUUCGACCAUGCAACCGCAUUAGGUGGUAGCCAGGGUUUUGAUAUGUCCAACGCAAUGUUGCAGAAUCUCGCUACCGUCGCGCCGAUUGGUACAUUUAGCACGACAACACCUCUCUUGAGUACGCCUCAACCUGUUCUCACUCAGAAUUUGGCAAUAUCGAAGAACCUGGUUUCCACGCCAGUGCCCGAUAUCAUUGUUGGCCAGAACACUUUCCAAAAUCCCGUACAGACGGUUCUGCUUUCACAUCCAAGCGGUCCAAAUAAGAUCGUAAAUACAUUGAGAGCGACUUACGUUCCGAGCACUAUGACACCUGUAUUCGCUUUUACGCCCGGCUUAACUCCAGCGCUGCAAAACUUGAACGUUCACGGUAUGCAGGGGAAUGUAACACCACAAACGACCUUCACCGUAUUUCCGCAACCAACUAUACAGACAUAUCCAAGUUUUCUACAGACGCCGCUGCAGGCAACUCAUAUUCAAGUAAAUCCCCAUGGACUGCAGGGUCAGAAUUUGAUUAAUCAUGCUAACUUGCAGGUACAGAGUGCGUCGACAGUGCCCACUUUGUUGUCCAGCCAAACAAUGCCAGAGAGCAGGGCCAACAUGGAAACUCAUAUCAAGAAGAACGUGUACCCCACUUCCGGUGGAAACUUCCUCGCUACCGCGAGCCUAGCCGUCGGUCAGAAUGGACAGAAGCAGGCGGCUAAUGUUAACUCAUAUUAUAUGCAAGGCCAGAAUACGCAGCUAAUUCCAACUCAACAGAAUUUACAGGAACUGCAAGCUCAAAUGAAUAAGCAACUAACGAAGGGCGGUAGACUGCCUGGCAUUGUGUUGCAGGCUGCUGACAGUACGACUAGUCACUCGAUUAAUAAUUUAAAUAUGCUAGGAACAGCAGCGACAAACGCUCAUCUUCCGAAUGUGGGUACGAAGACCGUAGAGAUUGUAAAUCCAAACAUUAAAAUAAAUCCUUUCAAUAUGAAUACUUAUCAAGCGAUGCAUUAUCCGGCUACUGUUUUGACGACACCCAUCCCAAUUUUUAGCACUAUUGCCUCGGCUACUCCGCAAACCAUUUUGCACAGUUACGUGAACUCUCUAACAGAGUCCGGAGCCAAACCUAAGCAAGUGGAUCUUAAAUUUGCUCAGACUCAGGAACGACCAGUGUUUAAUCCUAUCAAUUUCAUUCCUAACGUUGACAUUAUCAAAAACCAAAACGCUCUUAAUAACAAGUUGUCGACGAAUGAACCUCUUCAACCAGGUUUGAAUCUGGUGCCUGCCAUGCCUGGCGGGAAUUUUUUUAAACCCUUAACAGGGCAAAACGAGUUGAUCAUGAAACCGAAACUUGCGUCAGACUUGCAGAAAUAUGCUGAGGAAAUGUUCAAAGAAUCCUUGAAAACAAUGUACAACUCGCAGAAAUGGAACAACGACAGAAAACCGGGAAACAUUCAGAAUAAUUCCGAAGCAAGUGACUUAGCCAAACUAAGGCACGAAUUGCAAAAAUUAAAAUCUUCCUUGACAGAGUCCAAGUACAGAGAUAUUCUUGAAGCGUACCAGAGCGAGAAUAACGUACAUACAAGUAACGCGCCCACAUCUUCAGGCGACAAAAAGAAAUUGGAUCCACUAUUAGCGACUUUGGAACAUUUGCUAAAGACACGACCCGGGGGACCAAUACAUAUCUAUCAUGGCGCUGUUAAACCUGGUCGCAAACCUAAACUGGAAGAUACGAACUUUGCUGCGAGUUCCAACUAUGACUUCAAUGACGAUAGCUACUUGGAAUUUCUCACGCCACCCAGACCGGAUGCAUUUCGUUCAAAAGUUCCCUUCCACGAUAAACAAAUGAAGAAACGACCUGGAUCGAGAUUCAAGAAUGGCCCGAGGAAACUACGAUCAAAUAAAGGAUCCAGUGGACUAGAAACAUCUGCUAGUAAUGUAGAAGUGUAUCUAGAUGGAACGCACGCUUACUCACGUAAGCCGCCUAAAGAUUUCGAUCAUGAAAACUUUGACUACGAUUCUAGACAUCGGUCGUUUUUUGAUUCGUAUCCGACGUUCACCACGUCGACGCCGGAAAGCCUCAGUAAAAUCUUACGAGAAAUGAAAAGUAAUACAGAAUAUGACAUCAAUCACCCUAGAAUGCAUAAUCUUCUUGGUAUGUUAAUGAAGAAUAAACAAUUGCCAAACAGAGGCGCGCAGAACUAUUUUCGCGACAAGGAUCAAUUAAGUCAAUUCUUCGAGAGAGACAGACGUCGGCUGCAGCAGCAGUUAUAUGCUAAUACCUUCAGGGAUUACAUGGAUAGGUCCGACAUCGUUUCCCAACCUACUUCGGUUGCCAACGAGAAUAUCUAUUCGGGGAAUGGUACCGCGUAA